UUCAGUUGAACUUCAGUAUAAUCGUGGAUACACGCAUAUAUAUGGUAUCGGCAACGUCAUCGGACGAUUCUGUAGAGAGAUAUAUACAGUUUUGUUUUUUUUUUCAUAACAGUCGCAACCGGUUAUUUCACUGAUUGUUUUACUUGCGUUUUGAUCAGCGCGGCGACGAAUAAAUAUUUGCGUCACGUACGUAUGCGUGUGGAGUGAAAUUUCUACAACAAAUACGCGUGGAUAUGGAGGUCGCACAGAAGGUGCGAUACGACGCGUGCGACAUGCAGAACGAAGAACUGAGUUGGAGCUGUCGUACAAGCAGCCCCGACUGUGAGACCGGCGAUAUCAUGGACUCUUCGACGGACGAUUUUGGCUCGCCGCCGACGCCUUUGCAGCCGCGCAAGCUCUUCACCACGGACUGUAACGACAACGAAAACGAUGUGCCAACCAAUAAUAACAAGACAGGUUCAGUUAAGGAAUAUACUCCAAACACAAAGGGAAUAGAAAGCAUUCAUGUUCAUGAAAAUAGCAGUGUGCAAGGAUUGUCAAUGACAUGUAGUCCACCUUACAAACGUGUUAGAGCUUUACGUUUGUUUGAUACACCCACUACUCCCAAAACUUUAAUAGAGAAGAGUGCUAUGCCUACUCCAGUUCCUUCCCGAUGUCCUCGAACUUUUUCCUUAGAUAAACCUAGACCUUCUAAAAUAAGUCCAAUUACCAAAAUAAGUCCUAGUUACCAAACUAAAUCUGAGAAACCUGCAGCAAAUGUAAAUCCAUUUACACCUACCAGCAUGCUAAUAACAGCAAGGAAGAGGAGCAGAUCUAAACGUAGCCUUAAUGGUAGUGAUAACUUAUUGGACAUACCAAAAUUUAAUCUUGCUGACUCCGAGGAUUCUGACAAUGAGUACGAACAUGUGACAAAGCGUGUGGCACUACAGGAUUCGAAUAUAUCACGAUAUCAUAAAGAAUUCCACGAACUUGGCUUGAUCGGAACUGGCGAUUUUGGCUCAGUAUAUAAGUGUGUGAAUCGACUAGAUGGGUGCACGUAUGCCAUCAAGAAGAGCCUAAAACCUGUGGCAGGCUGUAUUGCCGAGAAGAUUGCGCUAAAUGAAGUAUAUGCACACGCUGUGCUUGGUAAACAUCAGCACGUGGUGCGCUAUUAUUCCGCUUGGGCGGAAGACAAUCAUAUGAUUAUUCAGAAUGAAUAUUGUAACGGCGGUAGUCUCGCGGACGUGAUCGAGAAGAAUCGAAAACAAAACAAAUACUUUACUGAAGCGGAAAUGCGCCAAUUGCUACUACACAUAGCUGAAGGGCUCAGAUAUAUACACAGCAUGCAGUUGGUUCAUAUGGACAUCAAGCCUGGUAAUAUCUUUAUCUCCAAGGAGAAUAGAUUGCUCGCUCUCAACUAUGAUUCUGCUGACGACGGUUUUGCUGACGAAGAAGAUAUAGCUGAGGAUGAAAUCACCUAUAAAAUCGGCGACCUUGGUCAUGUCACAUCCGCCCAUAAUCCUCCGCCACAAAUUGAAGAGGGCGACUGUCGAUAUCUGGCUCUAGAAAUUCUGCAUGAGAAUUACAGUCAUUUACAAAAGGCUGAUAUCUUCGCUCUGGGAAUGACUGUUUACGAAGCAGGCGGCGGUGGUCUUCUGCCGAAGAACGGACCUUUAUGGCAAGAGAUUAGAGAGGGAAAACUGAAGGAAUUAUCACAUUGUAGUCGCGAUCUUAAUAAUUUAUUGAAGCUAAUGGUGAAUCCUGACCCGGAAAUAAGGCCAUCAGCAGCAUCUCUGAUACAACAUCGAGUCUUAUGUCCACCUGAAAAUAAAACCAAGGAGCAACUACGACGAGAACUGAACGCUGAGAAAAUUAAGAAUGAAAUUCUGUCCCAAAAGCUUCAUGAUGCGGCGGUGUACCUGAAAACCAUUGAGUCGAACAUUGAUGGCAGUAAUAACGAACGACAAUCAAGACCGUUUAUCACCACCAAGUCCUCUCGUACCAUAGGAAAAAAGGUCAAUCGUAGUAAUAGCACUACCAACUUUUAAGAGUAUUCUCGCAGUGAACCUUAUAAUACAGGUAAAACGACAGAAAGUAAAGAAAAUUAAGGAGCGACCUGAAAUACUAUGACAUGUGAUAUUGCGUAUCUAGUUUAAGUGUCAUUAUUCCAACAGUUAUAUAUAAAAGACAUUUUUUGUAUACCAUAAAAUUUACAUAACAGUAACAGAUGAAUAAUCUUCCUAUGAUGAGAGUAAUGUGUUAACGAUUGCUGUUUAUUAUAUAGUUGUAUAAUCGACAUAUAUAUAUAUAUAUAUAUAUGUUAAGUAAGCAUGUGUAUCGUUGCUGAAUUGUCGAAAACAGAAUUGUUAGUAUUUGAGUUCUCUGAGGAAGCACAAAACUUAUGUAUAUACAUUAUAGUGCUUUAGAGCGUUAAUUUAAAUUUCUUACAUAUGACAAGAGAAUAUAAUCUGAGAGUCAAGUUGAUUAAUAUGAAGCAGUUCUGAAGAUAUUAUGAAUUGGGAGGGAACUGCAUUAUAGCAGGCUAAUUUUGUGCAGGAAAAAAGAUUUCGAGACUAUUUAAUGUAUUUUCCCUUGUUUCGUUGAUAAAAUCUUUUCUUAUGUACUUUACGAGCUUAUGUCCGAUAUAAUUUUAAUUAAUGCAAUUUUAUUCUAUCUCGGUAUGCAGUGCAUGCGGAGUUACAGACAAUGGUAACAGAAAAUUGCAUGUAUAUGAGAAGAUAUAUAUAUAUAUAAUCACAUUAACGCAAUUGUAAUGUUUUCAAAAUUUAUAAGAUUUACAAAUUAUUUUAUUUUUCAGAUAUAGGUUUGUAAUUGCUAUUAUAAUGUUUGAUGAAACGUCCUUUUCUAUCUUUUGUGCUUUAUAAAUAACAACUUCUUCUUUUUCUUUUACUUUUUUGUGUAAAAAAAGAAUGGCAA